AUGGCAUCAUUUUCAUGGUGGGAACAUGAAAAUACCCCAAGGUACGGAGCACAAGAUGGCCAUGCGACAGAUGCUAGACGGUCUUUAUCUAGCGAGAGAAGGGCAGCUUCAUCAGUCUCAAAGGGCCAUGUUGCUGUUUAUGUCGGGGAGAAUGAGAAUGAGAAGAAGCGGUUUGUCAUCCCAGUGUCGUACUUGAACCACUCCUCGUUUCAAGAGUUGUUGUUUCGGGCUGAGGAGGAAUUCGGGUUCCAUCACCCCAUGGGCGGCCUCACCAUCCCCUGCUCCGAGGACUUAUUCAACGGCGUCGUCUCGGCCUUGAGCACCACUUCACAUAUACAAGCAAUGUUUUAG